GCAAAGCUGCAGUGACUGAAGGAGUUGUGGAUUUUCUGGAUUUCAAGAACAGUGAAGUAGGAGAUAGCAGAGAGUGUAUAAAAGAACACUAAAAGUUCCUGUAUCUUGUGGCUCCUACCUUACCUCUUUGAACGAAUUCCUCAGAGCUAUCUGCGAGGCUGCCAUCCCGGGAUAUAGUCCUCAAUUGGAAGGAAGACUGAUAAAGAGAAAUAACGGGAUUCAGGUACACCAUUGAGUUCUUUGGGAUGCACAAAAGUGUCUGGCUGGGAAGCUUAUGAAAUAGAAGACAAGACCCUGCCUCAGGAAGAGUACAUGAGAAUAAUUUUAAAGGAACCCAGCAAUAAAUGCAAAACAGUAGCUGUUGGAGGUGAUGGAAAUGUACAGGAACAAUGGGAGAAGCCGGUAACUUAUAGGAAGCCAAGAUGACAAGAAUUUUAAAAAAUAAUCAAAUUGCCCUCCUAGCGGUCUACACCUGAGUUAUAACAGCAGAGGCAGCUGCAGAAGAAAAAAGUUUGCUGUCCUAUGUCACAGCCUAAAAAUCCCUGCAAGAGAUCCCAGCAAGCAGAAGAAGGAAGAAUCUUGUUCAAAAAUGAGGUGAAUUAAUGCUCAAGCACUCAAGAACCCCGGACAGCUACAUGAAGUGUUUAAAAACUGCCCUGACCAUCUCGCCACACAAGUCUGUCAUGAGGCCUGACAGGAUGAGUGCAGCACGGAGGCACAGUGUCCUGCCCUGCAGGAACGGUGACUGCUGACCUGCCGGGAGCAAGCGGGGGGCUGCAUGUUGUCUGCCAGUACAAUGAAGGAAGUGGUUUAUUGGUCACCCAAGAAGGUGGCAGACUGGCUGCAGGAGAAUGCUAUGCCAGAAUACUGUGAGCCUCUGGAACAUUUCACAGGCCGCGACUUGAUCAACCUGACCCAGGAGGAUUUCACAAACCCCCCCCUGUGCCGAGUCUCCUCCGACAGUGGGCAGCGGCUCUUGCACAUGAUAGAGACCCUGAAGAUGGAGCACCACUUGGAAGCACACAAGAAUGGCCACGCCAAUGGGCACCUCUGCAUUGGCACAGACGUCCUCGCCCCCGAUGGCAGCUUCAGCAUCAAGGUCAAACCCAACGGGAUGCCAAAUGGAUAUAGGAAGGAGAUGAUAAAGAUCCCCAUGCCAGAACCAGAGCGCUCCCAGUACCCCAUGGAGUGGGGCAAGACUCUCCUGGCCUUUCUUUAUGCACUUUCCUGCUUUGUUCUCACCACAGUGAUGAUCUCGGUCGUCCACGAACGAGUACCUCCUAAGGAGGUGCAGCCUCCACUACCGGACACGUUUUUUGACCAUUUUAACCGGGUGCAGUGGGCCUUUUCUAUUUGUGAAAUUAAUGGCAUGAUCCUUGUAGGACUCUGGUUAAUUCAGUGGCUGCUCUUAAAAUACAAGUCUAUUAUUAGCAGAAGAUUUUUCUGCAUAGUUGGCACGCUGUACCUGUAUCGGUGUAUUACAAUGUAUGUAACUACACUCCCAGUACCCGGUAUGCAUUUCAACUGCUCUCCGAAGCUUUUCGGAGACUGGGAAGCCCAACUGCGGAGAAUAAUGAAGCUCAUUGCUGGCGGCGGCCUGUCCAUCACGGGCUCCCACAACAUGUGUGGGGACUACCUGUACAGCGGCCACACGGUCAUGCUCACACUCACCUACCUAUUUAUCAAAGAGUAUUCCCCUCGACGACUGUGGUGGUACCACUGGAUCUGCUGGCUUCUCAGCGUGGUUGGAAUCUUCUGUAUCCUCUUGGCGCAUGACCACUACACUGUGGAUGUGGUGGUGGCAUAUUACAUCACCACAAGACUCUUCUGGUGGUACCACACUAUGGCCAAUCAGCAAGUGCUAAAAGAAGCUUCCCAGAUGAACCUCCUGGCAAGAGUGUGGUGGUACAGGCCAUUUCAGUACUUUGAAAGGAACGUCCAAGGAAUUGUACCUCGAUCUUACCAUUGGCCCUUCCCCUGGCCAGUAAUCCACCUCGGUAGGCAAGUUAAAUACAGCCGGUUGGUGAAUGACACAUAACAGCUGUGCACGGUGGGGAAAGAGGAGCUGUCCGAAGUGCUAAGAACUCCAUGAGAAAAGAUGCCAUAAAAUGAACACCUCCCUUAUCCUGUUAUCUUUCAACAGUUACCUUGACUUAACCGAUUGGGUUACCUGGUCAGCACUGUGAUCUUUUUUUCUCUCCAAAGGACCCGCGUUGGACAACAAUAAAGAAAAUUUAACCUGUUGUGCACUGUACACAUUUCCUGUUCAUAGGCUUGGGAUUUACAUAACCUUGCAACCACCGUGUUCCUUUGUAUAUGAUGCAACAGCGUAAAUGUAAGCUUUUAUAUCAUAAGUUCUGGUCUUUCCAGUCACACCUGGAAAUAAAGCGUAUUAUUUUCUUGGGAAAACAUACUUUUCAUAUCUCUUGCCCCAAAGAUUGGGCUGUAAGCCAUUUUCUAGCAAAUGUCUCUAUGAAGGUUUCUAAGUACCUGAAUGGGGUUCGAUUCUGAAAUCUUUCUACCUGUUGCACCGAUAUUCAAAUAAAAAUGACAGACACAGAAAGGUUUGGUAACUUUGGAUUUUGUAAAAAUCAGCAGAGACAGUGUGUCAAAAAGUGCAAAAAAAAAAAAGAUUCUGUUAUAAAGUGAUUUUCUAAGUAUUUCCUAACUUUAUUUUUCAAAAUGAUGUUAUGAAAACCAAAUUUAAAGAUUUUUACAUGUCAGAGAAAAGAGAGUUAAAAUUUAAAAAUGCUUCUUGGGAGAGAAAUUUGUCUAUGUUUCUAGUGCCUUUCUUGUCUUGAUUGUAUGGUCAGUAGGCAAUGUUUUUAUUUAAAAUAAAGUAUUCCAUGAAAAUAUUAAUGUAUGUAUUACUACUAAAUUUUGCAUUAUAGCUAAAUUAAAUCAGAAGACUGCUUAUGGUUUUUAAAUUGCUAUGAAUUAAAGAAUGGGAGAGUUAAUUAGAAAGUCAGAGCCUGUUCCCAUAUUGUGAGCAGGUGGCAAUGACAGGUACCACUUCAAUUAUUUUAUCAUCUAUUUGGUAGUUUGAUUUUAACUAUACAAUGAAAACAGCCAUGAAUACUUUGUUUUUAAAAAGAGAGUUUUGAAAAUGAUCACUUAACUAAAAAUUGAAAGCUAUAAAUUAGUUAUCCAUACUCUCAUGGCAAUUUUGUUGGUAAACAACAAAGAAGAGAUCUAUUUCUUUAAAAUAUAUUUGUGCAGGAACUGCAUGUAACUCUUAAGUUUUACUCCUAACAUGAGUAUGUUUGGGGAAGUAUUCUAUUCUAUACUUGCCAAUGUGGAGAACAAAAUAGUUUUUUAAGAAUGAAGAAGUAUAUAUAUCCAUUCUGUAUUUUACGUGCAGCAGAAUUAUCUUCCGUAGGGUUUUUUUUGUGUAUUCACAAGGUAAUAUUUGUAUUGUAAAACAAUAAUGGUGAAGGAAAUAAAAAGGCUUUUAAAAUUUUGUUUGUUUUAAAUCUUUGUAAAGU